AUGAAUGUCACUGCCAGUUCCAUAGCAACAGCGGUUUUAUCUCAAUUCAACAAGUUACCAAAAAAAGGAAAACCGACCAUCAAAUCCAACGGCUUGUCUGAAUGGACAGUCUUGGCUGGAAUUGUAAUCACUUCAAACGAUCUAUCAAGUCCACAAUGUGUCGCACUCGGUACUGGUCUUAAAUGUUUGCCUAAAAUUAUGCUGAAUCAUUGCGGAUUGGCUGUAAAUGAUUCUCAUGCUGAGGUGAUUUGUCGUCGAAAUUGGCAAAGAUACAUGAUGACUCAGGUUAUGGAUGCUGCUCAAGGAAAUCCAUCAAUACUUGAACUAUCUGGUCAAUCGCCAAUCGAAAAUGAUCAAUCAUGGCCAUAUCAACUCAAAUCUGGUAUUCAGUUUCACAUGUAUGUGUCACAAAGUCCAUGCGGUGAUGCUUCUAUGCGAGCACUAGACCUAGCAACCCUUCACAAGUUGGAUAAGAAUCACUCAGAACCCUACAAUCAACUUUCAAAAUUUGAUUCAUCCAAAAGUAUGAAUCGAUCCUCAAAGCGUAAACUGUCCAGCAUGAAUCAGGAAACUCUAGCCUCAACUGAAAAACAAUCUAGUUUAGAAAACAAGAGCACGGCCUUGAAAACAGAACAGAUUUCAUCUGAAUCAAAGGUUGUACGAGGACGAUCAAGUUUUACAACUGUUGGUAAACUAAGAACCAAACCUGGUCGUGCUGAUGCUCCACCUACCACCAUCAUGUCAUGCAGUUUUAGUGACAAAAUUGCAAAGUGGAAUGCAAUCGGGCUUGGCGGCGCAUUACUAUCAUUCCUGGUAUCUCCUGUAUAUCUAUCAUCAUUGAUUAUUGGUGAUUUAUUUGAUCAAGAGCGUCUGUAUGCAUCUCUAGUCACUCGCGUAAUGUGUCGGCAUUCACUUAGUAUAUUACAAUCAUAUGAAGAUUUUAAAUGGGCACAGUCAGACAAUAGCAUCAGCGCCGAUGCAGCAUUGUCCUGGUAUGUUGGGUCUGUACCCGAAGUGAUUGUUCAAGGUCGCAAGCAGGGUGCUAGCAAGAAAAACGGUGUUUGGCCAACAUCCUCGUGCGCACGGAUAUGCAAGUUGGAGAUGGGAAAGUUGUUUAUGUCGAUAUUACACAUCUUGCCUGACAAGAUACGAAAUGCAGCUUUGCCACAAGGAUCUGACCACUCUGCAGUUUCAUACAGAGCGCUCAAAUCUCGUGCAAGUGCAUAUCAAAAGGCAAAAAACCUGCUUUACGAUACAGGUGGUGUACUAGAAGGAUGGAUUCAAAAUGAUCCCAGCAUUGAAGCAUUCGAUGUAGCAAUUCCGUUUAAGUGA